AGAAAAUGGCGUGUUUCCUCUGUCCUUGUCAGUUUAAUUCAGUAUUUAGCAACAUAUAUGAUUCGUCUAUGAAGCUUUACGAGCAGUGCGUGGGAUGAAGUGUCACAUCGUUUACUGUGUGAAGAAGCGGUUUCGCUGGGUGACGGGUGGAGUGUCGUUCAGUGGAAAACCGUGGAGAGUUUGGAAGUAAUAUCGAAGAAGAGCUUCGUAAAGGAAGUUCGUAUUAGUGCGAAAAUUGUGUGGUGCGUGUGAAGAAACGUCAUCAUGGCGGCAAAUAAUAGGAAUAGAACAGUACACAUAACAUCGAUCUUCUCAAAACUUCACGGUGCGUUCUCAGAUGCAGUGACACCCCCGAAGCUCGCCACCGAUAAAAGGACGCUGGACAAAACAUGGAAGUUAAUGGAUAAAGUCGUGAAGCUGUGUCAACAUCAAAAAAUGAACUUGAAAAACUCUCCACCAUUUAUUUUAGAUAUUCUUCCUGACACUUAUCAACGCUUAAGGCUAAUUUAUUCGAAGUAUGAAGAUAAGAUGAUGGUUCUUCACAGCAAUGAACAUUUUAACGUAUUUAUAGUGAACUUGAUGAGGAAAUGCAAGCAAGCAAUUAAACUUUUUAAGGAAGGCAAAGAGAAGAUGUUUGACGAGAAUUCUCACUAUAGACGUAACCUUACGAAACUUAGUUUGGUUUUUAGUCAUAUGUUAAGUGAACUCAAAGCAAUAUUCCCUAAUGGAACAUUUGCUGGUGACCAAUUUAGAAUCACAAAAAGCGAUGCAGCAGAAUUCUGGAAAAAUAAUUUUGGUAACAGCACUCUUGUACCAUGGAAAGUAUUCAGACAAGUUUUAAAUGAAGUUCACCCCAUCAGCUCUGGACUCGAAGCCAUGGCUUUAAAGUCAACCAUAGACCUAACGUGUAAUGACUAUAUAUCAAAUUUUGAAUUUGAUGUUUUUACCAGGUUAUUUCAGCCUUGGAACACACUGCUUAGGAACUGGCAAAUCCUGGCAGUAACACAUCCUGGCUAUGUGGCAUUUCUGACAUAUGAUGAAGUGAAGGCUCGGUUACAAAAAUAUAUCAAUAAGCCUGGAAGUUAUGUAUUUCGGCUGAGUUGCACGAGACUCGGACAGUGGGCCAUUGGUUAUGUAACGUGUGACGGUGAUAUUCUGCAGACUAUACCGCAGAACAAAUCCUUGUGCCAAGCCUUACUGGAUGGCUACAGAGAAGGCUUCUACCUCUAUCCUGAUGGUCGUAAUGUGAAUCCUGAUCUUUCAUGGGCAGUUCAGCCAACACCAGAAGAUCAUAUAAAAGUAACUCAGGAGCAGUAUGAAUUAUACUGUGAAAUGGGUUCUACCUUUCAACUUUGUAAAAUUUGUGCUGAAAAUGAUAAGGAUAUUCGAAUAGAACCUUGUGGACAUCUUUUGUGUACACCGUGCUUAACAUCCUGGCAGGUAGACUCUGAAGGUCAGGGUUGCCCAUUCUGUCGGGCAGAAAUUAAGGGAACUGAGCAAAUAGUGGUUGAUCCAUUUGACCCAAAGAGACAGCAUAAAGCUGGCUCUACAGGAAACCUUGUGGAUCUAGAUGAAGAUGAAGAGGAUCUAAACAACUGGAACUGUAAUAACAGCUGUCUGCAAGCCCUUGCUCUCUCACCUAGGACAGAAAAUGCAGAAUGUCGGGGUGGACGAAGCCCUAUGAUAUCCCCACAUCCUUCUCCACAAUUGCAACGCAGAGCAACAGCAGCUACAGUUGUGACUGCAGCUCCACCUCCUCCGUUGCCUCCAAGGAGGGCGUCACCCACUCUAGGCAGUCCUAGCUCUUCUCCGAGUCAUUUGUCCUUGCCGGCUGAAGAAGCCCCAGAGCCUCCAAAUCAUUAUAUAGUUUCAAUUCCACCAAGAGAUGAUGAGAUGCUCGAUUCCUUCUCAGUUGAAGGAUCUCCUGAAUCUUCAAAUCACUAUAUGGUGUCACUCCCACCAGUGGAUGAUGAGAUGCUUGAUCCCUUGUUAGUUGAAGAAACACCUGAGCCCGCAAAUCACUAUAUGGUUUCAUUCCCACCAAGGGAUGAUGAGGUGGUUGAUUCCUUAUUAGGUGCUACAGACAGGCGAUAUGAUAUUCUGCAGCCAGUUCCUACUCCAGGAUGCAGUGGUGUGGUCAAGGGAGCAAAAGCAGUUCUUGCAUCUACUUCCAGCACUGACUCCACCACAUCUACUUCUCCUGUGUCAUGUUCUGUAGUUACCCCCACUGCCAGUGUGGCACAAAGUCAGUCAUCUGCUACAACACCACACGAAACAACUGUGCUACAUCGACAACAGAGUGCUGGCAGCACACAUUCUGUGCACUAUGCAGAGCUUACUGAAGCUACAGAAGAACCUAGUUAUGAGAACACUGUUAUUACUCCAGGUGGUGUGACUCAUGUGAAACCUGUUGCCAAUGCCAUUACUGAAAUGGACUCUCCAUCAGCAACAUCAUUGUCGAGGAAAUCAAGUAAAGUGAGCUACGACAUGCAUAUGGAUACAAUGACUCCAGCAAAGGCUGCAACACACGUUCAAAUGCAGUCUCACAUGCAACUGCAGCAUGGUCCAACCCAGAGGCCGAGACAGGCCAGUGAAGCACAAAAAGCUCGCUAUCACCAGUCAAUAGCAUCAGCAUCAGCGGGUGAAGCAGCAGUCGCAUAUGAGAAUUUGAAUAUGGACUAUAUUGCACAGCUUACAUCAGAAGGCUAUGCACAGGAUGCUGUCAUACGUGCUCUUGGAAUCACUCGCAAUGAUAUAGAAAUGGCAUGGGACAUAUUGCAUGAAUUUGCUACAAAACAAACAAGUGCGUGAUCAGGUCCUGGCGGCAGCUUGCACACCCGUUACUGCUGAUUUUGUAACGUGCUGCCGCCACUUUCUCUCCUCCUAAGUAUCAUAUGCUUCUGAAGCUAGUCUACAGUCAUUAGCUGUAUUGCAUUUUUCUUUUGUAUCUAAGUGUAAUGUCAGUGCAGUUUUAUAUUGAUCAUUUAAUUUCCUUCUGAGCAGAAAUUCAAAAGUAAAAAGACUUGGAGUCAUGAGAUAGUGGUUUAGAAGCAAACCUCUUCCAUCCAGAAUGUUUACAUUUUGAAACAUUUUGACUUCUGUAUGAAGAGGUCGACAUUACAUGCACGUAUGUGGAACAGAUUUUAUUGACAUUGUGGAGAAUUUCUUCUAAAAUCAAAGCAUACAAAUUUUUAAAUCUUGUUGUUGAUAACAGACCAUUUUAUACUUUCACAUUUUUGUGUAUUGUGUAUUAUAUUUGUUAAUGAGAAUCAUUACUCAUCAAUAUUAAUCUUGUUACUAUUCACAUUGACAUCACUGUUAUAUAACAUUCCUUGUACACAGAGUGUUAUUUUGUGUAUCGUACCCAAGUGUCUCGAUACAUCUGUUGAUGGCCUUAAUUUCUCCAGUUGUUGUUUACUUUUACUGUACAUGAAAUUAGUUUUAAGAGAGAUUCUGCAUAUCAAUCAAAGAAUUGUUGCAGAUGAAACUUAAAUAUUUUUAUAUAGCAACAAAUGCAUGAAAAGACUGAGACUAAAAGAUAUAAAUGUGUAUAUACAAAUGAGUAUGUGCAGUACAAGAAAUAAAAUUGUUUUGCCAUUAAUUAUCAGCGGAAGAAAUUGAUCAUUCUGAGAGAUUAUACUGACUGAUUAAAGGCCAUGUGAGACUAUUACUAGAAAAAUACCUCUUUGUUGCCUUGUGCAGCAUUCCCAUCUAAAGAACAUUUUUCUUUGAACCAACAAAGUUUAAUUAAGAUUUUAAUCAAUGAAUGUGAAAUAUUGUUGUAUUGCAUUUUAUAUUGUGUUAUUUUAUCUGUGAAAAAGUGAACUAAAAGAAUUAACCUCCGUGUUGUGUAUAGUGAAGCUGACAUCCAAUCUCCAAGUGCCUCAUAAUUCCAAGUAUUCCUUACACUUUUACCUGUAUUUAUUUCCAGUUUCAUACUACAGAAUGUGGCAUGUACUUUUACAUGAAUUCUUUGUUGGCACUGUUAAAUGAAAUAUGCUGUAGCAAUAAUGCUGAAGUGCUGUUCUCAAGACAUUUUAAUAUCAUCUAACAUAUUAAAUUGCACAGUACCAUUAUCAUCAUAUUAUAAACUAUAAAAAGAUUUUUUCUUUUUUAUUACAAUGCAAGAGGUUAUUGUAUAUAUGGCUUGUCCUUGAUGAUCCAAAUCAGUGUGUGUAAGGUUAAUAUUGUUCUGAAUCGUGUUUUUGAUCAGGAUCAGGAAUUACUUCCUACAGUUCAGAUAAGUGUGUUUCGGAGUGCCUUUUAAGCAUUAUUGGUUUACAGGAUCAUUAUGGAAUGAAUGACUUUUUUCAUAUUCAUUUUUCAUUGAUGUGCUACAUCUAUUGAAUUCUUUUGAAUGAAGUUUUUUGUCGUUGUUUAGAAUUCACCACACUGGUGGUGUGGAUAAUGUGAUGUUUUCAAUGUACAAAUUAAACAGUACUGACUGAUUGUUCCUUCAUCCCAGGACACUGGAACUUUCUUGAACAGCAAUUGACAAAUGCAUACAGCUAGUACAGUUGCCCUUUCAUUUUGUCAGAUAUUAAUAAUUGUAUUUAGAUACAGAUGAUCACGGAUAUGUACCAAAAUGUCCCUUUUUCACUAAUUUAUCUGGUUGUUAUGCCUAUGUACUUGUUCUUAGAGUCUCAAAUGAAAGUUAUUUAUAAUAAUUAUGUAAUAUAAUUGUUUCAUUGCUUAAUAAGAAAAAUAUGUUAUUUAAAUUAAUCUAUGUGGCUGAUGAUAUGUCUGUGUCCAUUUGAAGGCUCUGUAAGGAGUUGCAAAGUUUCCUGUAUAUCAAAUAUGAAGAAGGAAAUAAUGUAUUUACACUUUCAUAUGUAUGAGAAACUGUUGAAGUGAUUUAUGAUGAGGAUGAUGGAGUGAGUUUCAGAGUUCAGUUCAUGUAAGUGAAAGCAUCACUUUAGUUUUGUUAACAUAAAUUAAGGAAGCCAUAAUUCCAUAAAAAAUAAAACUUUGUCAGCUGAGAAAUAUUUCAGCAGUCAGAAACAAAUUUAAUUGGAAAAUGCCUCUCCCAUGUAUGUACUCUUCUUUGAAUUCUGGUUAACUACAAACAUAAUAUUCAGUAGUGACCAGAUAUUUUAUUUUUCUUACAUACUCGAACAUUUUUGGUAAAGGUGCAAACUUUGUUUCAGAAUUAUUGAAAUGAUUGCCGAUGGAAAAUAUACAUGGCAACAUUUCAGUAGACUCACCAAUUUCUUCACCUCUUACUGCAGCCUUCUUUUUUUUAAGCCAAUGCAAUAAAACUUCUGUGCCCUACAACAGCUAAAUGUUCUUUUUGUACUUCACAGUCAAUUCAAUAUGUCACUGUUGCAAUAUUUUAAAAGAACUACUGAAGCAAUCAUAUUCACUUCAUAAGUAACAAAAUAUUCAUGCCUAUCAGUGUGUUUCAUUGAGAAAGUAGCUGCUGCAGAGUUUGAAGGCGGUUUGUGGUUACUGCAUUAUUUCUCCAGUGUCCAUUGGAAUCAUGUGGUGACUCAUAUCUAAGCAAUUUCAUUUUAAUAAGAACACUAUCCUCAUAGAAACUGUGUAUCAACAUUUAUUGAAAAUAAAUAAAAAGAUAAUAUCACAUCUUGACUCCAA